CAACACUCUUGAAUGGGGUGAAAUGAAAGAGAGGGCCAGAGGAACCCUUGACGACAUGAAGCACUUGGCAUGCGAUGUUGCUGGUGGUAACCGUGUCUUGCUGGUACUGGAUGAUGUCUGGGACUGGAGCUGGGCAAAGGAACUGGAUUUUAUAGCACGGCCAUCCUCUGUCCGGAUCCUGGUGACAACCAGAAAGGAAGGCAUUUUGCGCAGCCUGGAUGCAAAGGCAUUUCCUGUGCAUCAGCUAUCAAUGGACGAAAGCAAAAAGAUGUUUUGGAAGUUUGCCUUCGGUGUGCAUGAUCCACAACCCAGUGACCCUGAUGUUGUGGGAUUUGCCGAGGAAAUAGCUCAAAAAUGUGAGGGACUUCCUCUAGCCCUGGAAGUGAUUGGCAGUGCCAUGGCUGUCCACAGAAGAGAAGGGCCACUUGUGUGGGAAGAACGAUAUAAGAGGUUGCACUUGUCCAAUGACCCAGACGUUGAGAAGCAGAUGUUCAAGCGCUUGAAGUUCAGCUAUGACGAGCUGGGAAACUAUGAGGGUGAAAAGCUGCAAGAGUGGUUUCUUUAUGUGGCCGCAUUCCCAGAAGACGAGGAGAUUGAGUUCACUGACUUGAGGAAAUGUUGGAUGGAGGUUGGCUCAGAACUCUCACCCACAGCGAUUGUCAAUGAACUGGAACGGAGAUGCCUGGUCAAGAUAAAUAAGUCUUGGAAUGACGAUGAUCGUAUAAUCGUACACGAUAUGCUACGCAAACUGUGCAUAAGAAUCUUAAAAGGGAAGUACGGUCCACAGCAAGAGCACGAGAAGGGAUGCCUGUUCGGAUAUGACUGGACAAUUGGCAUUCGGGAUGCAACAUUUGCUGAAGUCUCAUUCAUCUCAAAGAAUGUUGGCAGCUUUCUAUCCGAUAAUCAUGUGGGUGAUGUCUUACUUCUGGAAAAAUGUGAAGGACUUUCUAAUGUGGAUGACAGUUUUAUCAAUCACAUACAAGGUGUCAAGGUAUUGAGCUUGUGGCGAUGCUCUAAGAUGCGUUUUAUUCCAGAGAGCAUAUCCAAGCUGAAAAACCUUCAAGUGCUUGACAUUCAAGGAACAGAAGUGAGUGAAUUACCAGAUGCACUUUUCAGCCUGACAUCACUGAAAUAUCUAAAAUGUACUACCCGGUGGAUGCCGAUGAAGUGUAACAUUGCAUUACUGCCCCAGCUCUCCAACUUGGAAGAGCUGGGGCUGAAUGUUAGUUCAAAAGAGGACUCAUCAGUUUUGGAUUUGACUGGAAUUUCACACAGCAUCGACUUUGCCAGUGUCGUUGGACGAUGGCAACUUAUCAACCUAACACACCGCACAGGUUGGAGAGGCAACUUUUAUACUAAUGAUUCAGAGACCAACGCAACACAAAACGUUGGGAACGAAACAGGACAGCUUCAUAAUUCCCAGUGGCCUCUGAAGGGGAAGACCGUCAUGGCUUAUCUUGCAGCGAGCGAACAUCCUUUCGGCUCUAGCACUGGAUUCCCAGUGUCUAGGGUAACCUGCAUCAGGAGAUGGCUUUACGAUUCACAGCAAGGGUUCAGUCUUUUCAUCUUUUGCAGUACUGUGGCUUCAGAUCAGUUUCUAGGGCAACAUGCUUCAAGAUCGCAAAUUCAACAAAGGUUCUGUCUUUUUUCUCUUUGGACCAGCAACGGCAUUUCUUUAUCUACAUCGCACAUGUUGGGGGUGAGGAGCAAGUUUGUGAGGAAUGAGAGCGAUCAUGCUGAGAUCAUUGAUUGUUGA